AUGAGUGUUUUUAUAAGGAGUUAUGUGCUACGAUGCACGAGGACUCUGAUAGAUAGGUCACUUCGAUCUCCAAUUCAACGAGCAAUUCGCUUUCCACAACCAUGCAAAUUCGUGCCGUAUAGAGGAAUCAGUCAAACUUCGGUCCUGCUACAAGAAUUGAAUAGAGGUGCCGGUCAUGAAAAGGAAACAAAGGAGACCAACAAUAUCAAACCAAAGGGAAAGCAAGAUACAAAGAUACAGGAUAUUUCACUGAAGGUUACCAAGGAACAACUUUUAGCAAAAGCAACCAAUAUUUACUCCAGAUUCAAAAUCCGUCUUAAAUGGCUCUUGAAGAAAUCGAAUCGUCCAUUCAAUACUGAUGACUACUCGGCAUUCUUUUCCUGGAUAGUAGUGGGGAAUGUGUUUUUGUUCUUUGUAGCAACAACGACAUUCUUCUCUCUUGUGAUUUUUACUGCAAACACAGUGUUUGCACAAGAGUUUGUUGCUAGAAAGUUUGGAGAGCUAAUCACUAAAAAUUCAAACAUCACAGCUACUUUUGAGAGUGCAAUUGUUCCUGGUUGGUCAGAUGGAAAGAUAAGUUUUAGAAAGUGCUUUGUUAGUCGAAGACCAAAAAAGAUUGAAAAAUUCAUCAAGGGAUCACAACAAGAGGAAUACGAGAAAAGUUUGCGUGUGAAUGACAGUGGAGAAGCAGACGAAGAUGAAGAUAUUUUUGAAGAUGAUGGGAACUAUACACAAUUUGACCUCACUAUAGAGGAAGUAAAUAUUUCGUUGUCGUUCAACAAAUGGGUCAACGGUACUGGAAUGAUUGAAACUUUGGAAAUGAAAGGAGUUCGAGGAGUUGUUGACCGAACACACGUAAGAUGGGACCCUGAUGAUGAUGCCACGAAUUACAAAAAUGUGUACCAGCCAGGAGAUUUUGAAUUUGAAGAGUUCAGAAUGGAGGACGUGCUAUUUGAAUUGAAGCAACCAAAUGGGUUCAGACCAUUUGAUGUUUCAAUAUACAAUUGUGAGUUGUCGAAAUUGAGAAAACACUGGUUGUUUUACGAUUUCUUGAAUGCAGAGGUGAUGAGUGGCUCCUAUGACAAUUCUUUGUUCACUGUACAUAAAAAGCAAAGACUUAGCGAUUUUUCAAUCAAUGAUGAGGGCAAAGAGAGCCCGCUGAGCAAAUGGAAAAGAGUAACUUGUUUACGUGUGGACUCAUUGAAUAUUGAUCAUUUGAACAGGGGGUUGGAAGGUCCAUUUGGUUGGAUAACAAAUGGUAAGGUUGAUAUGGUGGGUGAGAUAAUGGUUCCACGGGAGGAUAAUAAUGACAUUGGUGUAAAAGAAAUUGUAAAUAUGAUUGCCGAGUCGAUUACCAAAGAAGCUACAAGGUAUAAAAACCCAGAAGUUCAAUCAAAACAUCCCGAUAUGCAUACUCGUUUAACUCACGAUGAUUACACUGAUAUAUCAAAAUACUUUGUAUUAGACUUAACUAUACGGUUAAACAAUGUUAGGGCAACAGUACCAUUCAAAGCCCCUGAAUUGUCAUACAUCAACUACGCACUUAUAAGACCAAUCGUGGCGUAUAUCAACUCAAAAAACACAUUUAUCGAAAUUCACAACCGAGUGGUAAAGAAUAUAAAAGAUUUCGAUGGCUCCUGGACAGUAUAUGACUCUCUUCUUAUGGACGAUAUAUCUGAGGAGGUGUAUGACAAUUUUGUUGAUUAUGUUGCUGAUGAGGAAGCGAGAUUAAUCAGGGUGAAAAGGGUAGGGUUUUGGUCACUUCAAUUGUUCCUACAAUUGGUCCUUGUCGGAUUGGGUGCAUUGACAUAG